GCGGGUUUUAGACUUUGGAGCGGGCCCAUGGCGGAGGCGGCGCAGGGCCGGGUGCAGGCCGCGGUGGAGAGCGCGGUGCAGGUGCUGGAGCGGGAGCAGAUCCGCGCCAUGCAGGGCACCAUGUUCCGCUGCAGCGCACGGUGCUGCGAGGAUGCAGCAGCCUCCAUGCAGGAGGUGCAGCGCUGCAUCGAGCGCUGCCACGCGCCCCUGGCCCGCGCCCAGGCCAUCGUCACCGCCGAGCUCGAGCACUUCCAGGACCGGCUGAGCCGCUGCUCGCUGCAGUGCUCGGACCAGGCCAAGGACGCGCUGGACUCGGGGGGCUCGGAGCCGCGCGUGCGGGGCCAGCUGGACGCCUGCCUGGCCACCUGCGGGGAGCAGCACCUGCGCCUCGUGCCCGCCAUGGCCAAGAAGAUGCGGGACGGGCUGGCCAACAUCCAGCAGUGACAGCGGGGACACCCCCGGGACACGCCGGGGACACCCCUGCACACUCAUUAAAGGCGAGGUUCAUGGACAAGAAGCUGUCGUAUGGGUUCUAGAACUGAUCUCAUCCCGAUCCCCCUCACGGUGCCUGCAGACCCCCGCGCUGAUCUCCCUCACGGUGCCCGGGGACCCCCCCGGUCAUCGACGAGUGCGGGGAGAUGGCGGCGGGCGGGCAGCGCAACAACCUCGACAGGGUGGGGAGGGCACUGGGAGCAGAGUGGUCGGUGCCACUGGGAGCACUGGUGGAGCCGUGUGUGGAAUGAGCGGGAAGUUUGGUGAGGGACUGCGAUGGGAUGUGUCAGCUGGGAAUUCAGCAGAGCUUUGGGUGCUUCUCACCUUCCCCCUUCCAGGUGAACCGAGGGAACAGCAUUGUCAUGCUGGAAGCUUUGGAAUGAGUAUGAACCCCUGGAAAACCCCAAAUCCCCACCUGAAGGUUCUGUUCCCUUGUCCAAGACUCUGCUCCUGAGUGUACAAUUAUUUUGGUUUUGUUAUUAAAUCAAUUUUGUAAUGGUUGACCUAA